UUCGGUUAGAACAGACCAACAAAAUGUGUACUUCCAUUUCCGAAUUUAAAACCAUAAAAUGCUCUUAACACUGCUAUCCCUAUUCAGACUGUAGUCCCGAUUCGCCCCAGAUGGCGGUACACCUGAAACAAAUACCAACCAUGCAAACACAGGCAUCAACGCAGUUUGCACUCCGGUUCUUCCAAUCCCCGGUCAAAACAGCACAAUGUUGGCCCUAAAAUGUCGAAGGCUGACCAGGACCCACCACUGGACGACCCAGCUAGUGGAAAGGGCAUUCCCACACUUUGGACAGUUUGGCAUAAACCGUUGGGCCGAAACUUCAAAAGCUGGCAUGUUCCUUGCUGAGCCGACCCGUACCGAGAUCAUCAUUAUGGCCACCUGCACCCAGAACGUUCUGGGCGAGAAGGGUCGCUACAUCCGCGAGAUGACCGCCGUCGUCCAGAAGAGAUUCGGUUUCGCCCCGGCACCGUUGAGCUAUACGCCGAGUCGUGCCCGGUUAGCUGCGUGGUCAGCGUGCCAAGUCGAUGAAGUUCAUCGAAGACUGAUGAUCCAUUCCGGAGAUCCUUGCAACGUGUACGUCGACACGGCCAUCUGCCACGUCCUGCUGCGAAAGGGAGUGUUGGGCGUCAAGGUCAAGACUAUGCUGCUGUGGGGUCCGAACGUCAAGAUCGGCCCAAAUAAGCCGCUGUCGGACAACGUUUCGAUUGUGGAGCCCAAUGACGAGACCAUGUUCAACACGCCCGCAGCGAACCCAAGAACUAGCGGUCGCCGCUGGAGUUAGGAGCC